AUGGCGUUCCUCAUCCUCGUCAUCGGGGACAUGCACAUCCCAGACCGCGCGCUGGACAUCCCCCCCAAGGUGCGCGCGCCCCCAAGUUCCGCCUCGCUCACCACCGACUCCCCACACCCGAUCCAUGGCACGAGGGCCUCCGUUGCGAUUGACCACCUCCUUAUGCCUCCGCGCAGACUGACUGACUUUUCUCGCCACCUGCAGUUCAAGAAGCUCCUCGCGCCCGGCAAGAUCGGCCAGACGCUCUGCCUCGGCAACCUCACGGACAAGCACACGUACGACUACCUCCGCUCCGUCGCGCCGGACCUCAAGAUCGUCAAGGGCCGGUACGACGUCGAGGCGACGUCGCUGCCGCUCACGCAGGUCGUCACCCACGGCGGCAUCCGCAUCGGCUUCCUCGAGGGCUUCACCCUCGUCUCCAGCGAGCCCGACCUGCUCCUCGCCGAGGCCAACCGCCUCGACGUCGACGUCCUCUGCUGGGGCGGCACCCACCGCUUCGACGCCUUCGAGUACAUGGACAAGUUCUUCGUCAACCCCGGCAGCGCCACCGGUGCCUUUGUCAACGGCUGGGCCGCCCAGGACGGCGAGAACCCUACCCCGAGCUUCUGCCUGAUGGAUGUCCAAGGAAUAUCACUUACGCUCUACGUGUACCAGCUGCGGACGGAUGACAAGGGCAACGAGAACGUGGCGGUGGAGAAGGUCACAUACACGAAGCCGGUCGAGCCGACGGGCGGCCCCUCGUCAUCAUGA